AUGGCUGCCAUCGUUGCGAUUGGUAGGAAACUAACGCGAACGCCACAAUAUCUGCUACGUGCAGUGUCGACAUCUUUUUCUCCGAUCCCAUCUUUCCAAAAUCCUUACUUCUCUUCAGCAUUUCAUCGAGCAGGUCUUGUGCAUUCUCACAUCUUAAGCCAUGUCCCAAAUUUCGUCUCUUUCAAUCGUUUCUCCACUCAAACUCUCUCCGAAACGUUUGAUAUCAACCAAGCUCUUGCUCCGCUUGAACAUGGUCUGGUUGAAUUAGUCAGACAAGUCUCUGAGCUAGAGUCGGAAGCUGAUGCUAUGGCUUCACUAGAAGAGUCAUCUUUUGAUCUCAAUCAUGAGUCUUUGUAUUCUCUAAUCUGGGAAUUAAGAGAUGAGUGGAGGCUUGCGUUUCUGGGAUUCAAAUGGGGAGAGAAACGUGGUUGUGAUGAUCAGAAAGCUUGUGAUUUGAUGAUUUGGGUUUUGGGUAAUCAUCAAAAGUUCAACAUAGCUUGGUGUUUGAUUCGUGAUAUGUUUAAUGUUUCAAGAGAUACUAGAAAGGCCAUGUUUCUCAUGAUGGACAGAUAUGCUGCUGCUAAUGAUACUAGCCAAGCUAUUCGGACAUUCGAUAUCAUGGAUAAGUUUAAGCACAUUCCUGAUGAAGAAGCAUUUCAAGGAUUGCUUUAUGCAUUGUGUAGACAUGGGCAUAUUGAAAAAGCUGAAGAGUUCAUGCUUGCAAGCAAAAAGCUCUUUCCGGUGGAUGUUGAGGGGUUUAACGUAAUUCUUAAUGGUUGGUGUAACAUUUGGACUGACGUGACUGAAGCAAAGAGGAUUUGGCGAGAGAUGGGGAAUUAUUGUAUUACGCCUAACAAGGAUUCUUACAGUCACAUGAUCUCUUGCUUCUCUAAAGUUGGGAUCCUUUUCGAUUCUCUCAGGCUAUACGAUGAAAUGAAGAAACGAGGGUUGGUUCCAGGGAUUGAAGUUUACAAUUCUCUGGUUUAUGUCCUGACCCGUGAGAAUUGCUUUGAUGAAGCUAUGAAGCUUAUGGGAAAGAUGAAGGAGGAAGGACUAAAGCCAGAUUCAGUCACCUACAACUCGAUGAUACGGCCCCUUUGUGAGUCCGGAAAGCUGGACGAAGCAAGGAAUGUAUUGGCAACCAUGAUUAGCGAGAACAUAAGUCUAACAGUUGAUACAUUUCAUGCAUUCCUCGAAGCUGUAAAUUUCGAUCAAACUUUAGAGGUUUUAGGCCAAAUGAAGAUUUGUUGUUUAGGUCCUAAAGAAAACACCUUUCUCCUCAUUCUUGGGAAAUUGUUUAAGGAAAAGCAACCGGAAAAUGCUUUGAAAAUCUGGGGAGAAAUGGAUCGUUUUGAGAUAGUGGCUAAUCAUGCUCUUUACUUGGCUACAGUACAUGGCCUUUUGACAUGUGGGUGGCUUGCAAAGGCCAAAGAGAUGUAUUCAGAGAUGAAAUCAAAAGGAUUCUCAGGAAAUCCUAAGCUCCAGAAACUUCUUGAGGAGCAAAAGGUGAAGGGGGUCAGAAAAAGCAAGAGAAAAGAUUUUCAGAAAGUUGGUUCUCGGGGAGGCUAUAUGAGUCAACGAUCAAUAUACAAAAAAGAAUCAGAUACGGCGUAA